AUGCAGGAGCUCGCAGACGCAGUGAGGGCCCAGCUUGAAGAGAAGGAAAAGCAGAAGUACUCAGCUGUCAAGGCCUUGUCCUUCAAGUGCCAGCUGGUGGCUGGGACCAACUACGGCAUCAAGGUGGACACUGCAGACGAGAACUUCUUGCAUUUGUGGGUGUCCAAGAGCCUCCCACAUGAGAACAGGCCCCUGGUGCUGGCUGCCUAG